ACUAUAGAGUGCUUGAUUGAAUACGUCAGUUGUUGCAUGGCUGUUUUUAUUUUGCUGUUGAUUUGCCUUAUUUCUAACUGAUGAAUCGUUUAAUGAGUAGUGCAACAGCAGCUGAAAAAUUAUCCCUUAAUGUGGGAGGAUUUCAAAAUUCAUUCACCACAUCGAUGAAGGCGACAGCGAAUUUAGGGCAGGAAGCCCAGGGAAACCUGGGCUUUCUUCAUGCCUUCGUUGCUUCCCUUUCGGUUAUUGUUGUCUCCGAAUUGGGAGAUAAAACAUUUUUCAUUGCCGCAAUUAUGGCAAUGAAAUAUCCUCGACUUACCGUUUUCACCGGAGCCAUUGGAGCACUCGCUCUUAUGACUAUACUUUCAGUGGUAUUUGGAUAUGCGGCAACAAUAAUCCCCCGCGCCUACACGUAUUACAUAUCCACAGCUCUAUUUGCUUUGUUUGGCCUAAAAAUGCUCCGAGACAGUUAUUAUAUGUCGCCAAACGAGGGACAAGAGGAACUCGAAGAGGUUCAAUCUGACUUAAGAAAGAGGGAAGAUGAUUUUGAGAAGGAUGCUGAAAGUACAUUAGUUCAAGAUCCAGAAACUGGAAUUAUAAAGAAAACGCAAAAGAAAAAUGCUCUAAUGGUACUUUCAAGAAUUUUUCUCCAAGCAUUUACAUUGACAUUUCUUGCCGAAUGGGGUGAUCGUUCACAACUCACGACAAUUCUUCUCGCAGCUCGAGAGGAUGUUUAUGGCGUUAUAAUUGGUGGAAUAUUAGGUCAUUCAUUUUGUACAGGAUUGGCUGUCCUAGGUGGACGUAUGAUAGCUCAAAAAAUAUCUGUACGAACAGUCACUAUGAUUGGAGGGAUUGUCUUUCUUCUCUUCGCAGUAACGGCUCUAAUCAUUAAUCCUUCGGAUGGUGCAUGAUUCUUGAAGAAACAUUGAGAUAAGAUCAAAAGGCUUAUAUGAUUCGUUAUAGAAUCAGCUUAUAUAUAUUUACAUAAGAAAGAAAAAAGAAAAUACUUCUUUUCACUGUCAUUAGGCCCUCGAACUUUUUUUAGGUAAAUGUUUAUUUUCAGACGCAGCAGAAAUGCGGAGAGAAGUGCUAGCAAAUUUACUCGUACUUAGAGGUCUUUGUUCAAGAAUCGAUUUUAUUAUUUUUCUCUUGUACUUUAGUUGCAUUGUAUUUUAUUUGUAUUAGUUUAUGUAUUUGUAUGCAAAAAGAUCUCGACAUCAAUGUUUCAUGUUUUCUAGAGUUUCUUAAUUUCCAUUUCUCUUGUAUAAAUUGUAUAGUAGGUAUGUAUAGAAGUGUUUUUUUUUACGUUGUAGUUGUAGUUACGGGCCUAAUGGUUUUCAUUUUAUGUGAAACUGAAAAUACUUCACGAAUAGCAAUUGCAAACUAAUUGUAAAAAAUACUUGUAUUCUAAUUUUAACUUAUGUAAGUAAUAAGUUUUUACUGUACAGCCUCUGUAAAAUUGAACCUAACAUUUUUAUGCGAAUUAUAUUUUUCUAGAGAUUUAUCCGAUUUUUUUUACAAUGAAUAGAUAGAGAAUUUAAUUAGAAUUUUUAGAUUUAUGAUUUUUGUGUUAUUGCGGAAUUUAAUUGUUUGGAAAAAAGUUGCAUACAUGUGUUGUUAAUUCUAAUGAUGGAAAAAAUGUUUUAUAUUUGUAUAUAUAUAUAACUUGAAUGUAAUUAUUUUUUUAAUAUUCCAUAUAAAACUUAAAGUUUUAAGGUAAUAAGAAUUUCACAAUAAUUUAAUAAAAUACAAUGUUUUUGAAA